AAACGCUUCACACGGAAGGAACUUCAAACAUUACGUACUUGGCUUCCUCCAAGCUAGUCUCUCUCUUUAGUUGGAUAUAUCACCGUGAUGUUAGUGACGAAGUGCAUCAAACUUUGCUUUGUUAUCUCUCUGGUAACAAACACGAUUUUAGGCCAACGCGGAAGUAUUGAGAAAUUAGAUCUUGCCAGACUGUUCGGUGAAACUUUUGACGCAGGCGAUGACCUAGACGUUAUAUCAAUUACACCAAAGCGAUUACACCGAAGGUCGAUCCAUUCUUCGCGAACCCUUCACGAAUUCCGAGCCUUUGGAAAAUAUUUUGAGCUAUCACUUAAACCCAAAGAAGACGUCGCUUCAUCAAAGCUAGUUCUUAUGCGAAAAAGACCUGGUGACGUAUGGUUCAAAGAAUUAAACACUUCUCCGGGCAGGUUUUUACAAGGUCACGUGACGACUGAGCCGUCAUCCCACGUGGCGUUGCGGGAGCUGAGACCAAACGAACUGAGCGGUGUCAUUAUAAGCGACGGUCACGAGUACAAGAUCGAGCCUGUGCCUCACCACAUCAGACGUAAAAUGGACCUGGAAGGGCACGGACAUCACGUGAUCAGCAGAAAAAGCUUGCGCUCCAAAAGGUCCCUCGCGGAACCGAUAAGAGACAAUACGGCGUCCUUUGAAAGGAAGCUCUCAUCGCGCAAGAAGCGAGCUGUGCUUGAGACCAAAUACAUCGAAACCAUGAUCACGAUGGAUAAAUCGGCCACGGAUUACUAUGGAAAUAGAAGUAUGGACUACGCACUGGCGGUUGCUAAUAUGGCAAGCCGAUUAUUUGGUGAUAGCACGGUUGGAUUCCGACUAGUUUUGAGUCUAACAAAAGUCAUUCUCAUCGAAGAUGACCUGCCUGCACUGAAUAUAACGACAAACAAGAUCGACUCAGCCGCUGAUUACCUCAGCGUGUUCAGCAAAUGGUCUCAGACAGUCAAUACUCCGGCAGGAAAUGCUGGACACUUUGAUCAUGCUGUCCUGCUUACGAGAGAUAUCUGUGGGAUGAAGGAGUGUCAACUUGAUGGUCUCACAUACUUCGGGUCACCCUGCAGCAACCGCUUAGGUGCAAGUAUCAACAACGCUUAUGGACUGGCGGCUGCAUUCUCUGUUGUACACCACAUGGCUCACAACUUUGGCGUGGAGCAUGAUCAUGGAGCAUGCGCUAAUGGACAUAUCAUGAGCGCUGACCAGUCAACGGGCGCCACUGCAUUUCAGUGGUCUUCUUGCAGCAGACAAGCACUAAUUGAAAUAUUCAGUCGAGUCAAUUGUUAUGAUGACCGGCCUCUCAAUUCCACCGCUCUGCCCAGUCUCCCGCCAGGCUAUACAUUUGACGCGGACGAGCAGUGCAGGCUCGCGUAUGGCUUGGAGUACCGACUUUGCCGUCAGCAGAGGUGUGACUCGCUGCUCUGCAUAAAAGGCUCCAAGUGCAUAAACCCACGUAACAUACUUCCUGUCGACGGAACUCCAUGUGGAAACCGGAAGUGGUGCAUCAGCGGUAUUUGCGUGAAUAUUGAUGACAGCCUCCCUGUGGCCGUGGAUGGUGCCUGGGGGGCCUGGGGAGAUUACAGCACGUGUUCCAGGACAUGCGGAGGCGGAGUGCGACAUCGAUCAAGACGCUGCGAAAACCCCAAGCCAGCUAACGGAGGUCAAGACUGUCCCGGUUCCACCAAGGGGGAGUGGAGGAUAUGUAACUUGCAGGAUUGUUCUCCAGGGAGCGAAGACUACAGAACAACGCAAUGCAAGACCAUCAAUUCGACCUAUGAUGGAUACAACGCCACCGCUGACCGCUGUGAGCUGUGGUGUCGUGCAGGCUCGUCUUACCCUAUUAGAGAGGGUCACGUGUCUGACGGGACAAAAUACGACGAGACAGAUCCUGACAUACAGGAUAUAUGUAUUGAAGGAAAACGAGUGAGUGUUGGAUGCGACAACGUUAUCGCCUCUGGGGGAAUAUUGGACAGAUGUCGUGAGUGCCUUGGCAAUGGCAAUAAAUGUGUCCGAAAAGAGGCGAGAUAUACAGAACUGUGGAACCGAUACGGUCCGUGGAAUGCUCGACAAAUGAUGACCCUUCCUGUAGGAACAGUGAACGCCAUGAUAACCGAAGAUAAUGCAACCAACAAUUUUGUCAAUCUGAAACUUGCCUCAGCCGCUGCAUCGGACGACCCUUUUGUGUUUGGAGAAUUUCCGCUGACCUUAAGAGUCAAGGUGGCGGGCACUAUCGCUAGUUACGAAAACCCGGUAAUCAACUACGCCGAGAAAAUGUUUAUUCAAGGCCCUACGAAUGCCGAGCUGGUACUCUUGUUUAUCUACGCCAAUGAAGCAAAUGUCGGGUACACCAUCACAUACUACGCUCCCGGUCAACCAAACGUAACCUCGCUCAUCUGGAAAAAUGUGAAAAGCGGCAUCUGCAGUAAAACAUGCGCAGGAGGAACCCAGCCCCACACAGUGACGUGCAUCAGGGAAGACGACGGUUCUCAGAUCAGUAGUAUACAUUGCAAUCAAGACACCAGGCCCCCAGGUUACGGUCCGUGCAAUACACAGGCCUGCCCUGCAAAGUGGGAGAUACACCCAUGGGGUCCCUGUUCACGGAGAUGUGGCGGAGGGAAUCGGUCGCGGGAGGUACUCUGCGUACAGCAAGUCACGCAACAAUCGAAUGUCACGGUGGACGAGAGCUUCUGUAACGCAACUAAGAAACCAACAACAUCAUCAACAUGUAACGUGGUGGAUUGUGGGCCGAGUUGGGAAAUAGGAGAUUGGUCGCAGUGUACUGGAAAUCCUGGGCAGCAGGGAAACACAAGCAGGAAAGUGGAGUGCCGAAACAGAUUCGCGAAUGGAAGCAUUUCUGUUCUCGAUGACGAAACGUGCCUUGAGUUCUCAACCAAGAUACCAGAUAGAUGGAAGAGCUGUUUAAUAGCUGAAACCCCUCCUGGUCCCCCCUAUGACAUCUCGGUUUCAUUUGAGAAUGAAACUUACCACGUGACAUGGAGAACACCGAUUGAGACAAAUGGGAGAAUCGAUGGAUAUAAGGUGUUCUUUGAGCUCAGGAACUUGACAGAAUUGCUGAAGAACACGAUCGUUGAGACAGAGGGGAGUGAGACCUCGCUUGAUGUUCCUCUCUCGAGUCUGUUCGGUGAUAAAUCUUACUUAGUGCGAGUUGCCGCCAGGACAAGUAAAGGUUACGGGAACUAUAGCGAUGACGAUCAGGUCGUAAAGACGCCAAUUAAAGAACCGCCGAUGGAGACAUCUCCAUCAAAAAAGGUUUCUGAAGGACAAACAACCGCUCGAAUUGAAAUUCCCAAAUUCUCAGAUGUCAAUGGUCCCGUCAAGUACUACCAGGUUUUUAAUGCCGUCUAUCUCCGAUACGCUCUAACUACAGCCUCAAACCCGCAAAAUGUCAAUUCCUCAGAACUUGUGAGCUACUGCGAAGCUCACAAAUCAUACGUCCCGAAAGCGUACCUAGUUUUCGCAUUCAAAGCGAGCGAGUACCCGAAAUACAAGAUAUUUACCUUGGGGACAGGACAGGGGACGAAAUGCGAUAGAAAGAGACGAGGGAUCAGUGAAUUGGAGUACUACAACGGACCACUGCAGCCAAAGAUCGAGUAUCAGCCGUUUAUACGGUGCUACAACAGCGAGACAAAAUACUCCCAGUAUUCCUACGACAGCUUCAAGGUGUCAGGUUCUCCACCAGUUCCUACGCCUUGGUGGAAUAACAUCCCUCUCUUGGUUGGAACAGGCGCGGGGUCCGUAAUCCUGAUUGUCAUGUGGGGAGUCGUGGUGUGCAAAGUGCGCGAAAUAAGGUCAAGAAGAACCGUUAGAGAUGAAGAGAAAAUCUCUAGAAAUUCUACUGUGGAGCAAGCCCCAGAAGACCCUACUAUUCGAGCAAAGAUAAGAAGAGAAAGUCGCUGGGACAGCCGACAUAAGAUGCUCACAACUGGGAUCUAGUGGGACCUAGAGCGAUCACGUUAUUUCUCUAAAUAGUCACGUGACAUGUUAACUCAGUCCCGCUCCCAACUCAUAAUUACUUGAGGAAAGUACGAAGUAAUUAUGUACAAAUACAGGUUUUAACUCCUUUACCUGCUUGCUUAACUUGGAGCGACGCUCUGUUGUGUGAGCCUUCAAGGUCUUUCCGUGGUGAAGUAUAAUAUAGAAUCUAAUGAAUUUUAGAAUGUUAAUAUGAAUGUGUAGAUUACCCCGACUUAUCCUAAACGAAAAGCCUCUCCUAUGCCUAUCCCAUCUAUGCUAGGAGGGGCCUCGUCUGCAAGAGUCCUAUGGCUAUCCCAUCUAU